AGUGCCAUGACUGUACACAUUUGCCCAAUAGACGAACUUCCAACUUUGGUCUCUCUUCGUUUAAAUAUCUACUGCUUCAUACAGCCACAUCUAUGAAACAACUCCAAACCGACCGAUAUGAUAUGUCAUUGGAAAUAAUGUAAUUGCUUUGAUCAUUCUGGAUUCGACUUUACCGGUGUGACUGUGUGGCACAAUAUAAUAGAUUUAUCAAACAAGUUGAUACUUUCCGCAAAAUGGAAGCGUCUCGACAAUACCUCAGGAUCCGGCCAGCAGACUAGUCUAAACAUGCUAAAUGUCUUAUAAGGGCACAUAUUUUCACAUACUGUAACUAUACAGUAACGUAUCAGAUAGCUCAGCCCUGGUGCAAAUCAGCAUCUUCCCCUCUAUGGGAAGAAAUAGGAGAAAAUAAACAUCGAUUAUUGUAAAGAUGGUAUCUCAAGCUCCGAGUGAAACUAAUGUCGACAUUCGAUCGGACCACGGACGCGCCAACCAAACCUUCUCCAAGGGACAGUACUUUGACAAUGGUCGCGAUGGUCCCGAACAGAGCCUCGAUAUCGGAGAGAGGAGACCGCUAUUGGACGAUACGAAAGAACAAGUUCAAGGACAACUUGAAGGCAGAUGCUACUUUCCAAAGCGUUAUGAAGUUCUCUUCCUUGCUUUCUUGGGCGCUGGCAUGACGUAUGCAAUGCGCGUCAAUGUCAGUGUUACCAUUGCAGUGAUGACGAACGCCACCUUUACAACGCAAGCAGAGGGGCAGAAUCAAACAGUAGAAACAUGCUGGUCCCCAAACAGUACAAAUGGAGAUCAAUAUAGCCAGGAUGAGGGGCAGUUCUUAUGGUCUAGCCAUGAACAGGAACUCAUCCUAGCUGGAUUUAACUACGGGUACACGGUCGCCCAGAUACCUGCAGGCUGGCUGACGGAUAAGAUCGGAGGCACUCGGGUUUUGGGAAUAUCUAUGCUCAUUUCGGCCGUCGUUAGUCUGCUCAGCCCAAUGGCAGCCGAACUCGGCUCCUCGUACUUUCUUGCUCUCAGGGUCAUGUGCGGUAUCGGUGAGGCUGGUACUAACCCAGCGCUAGGCUCCAUGGUUGCACGUUGGUUUCCUCCACAAGACUUCUCGGCAGCCUUUGCAAUUGCAAUAUCGAGUUCUAAGUUUGGGCCUUUUAUAGGAACUGUUUUAUCUGGUCUUGUGUCCAGUUCAGAUGUGCUAGGUGGAUGGCCGUUGGCGUAUUAUUUCUUUGGUGGAUUUACGCUUUUGCUAGUUUUGGUAUGGAUUGUCCGUAUUUACGAGACGCCAGGUCGUCAUCCCAGGAUAUCAGCUAAAGAAAAGCAAUAUCUUUCAUCAACCGUUAUCUCUAAGGAGACAGAAAAGAUCUCUAUUCCAGUCAUUGCCAUGUUAACGUCUAUUCCUGUUUGGGCCAUGAUCUUUACGUCUUUCGGCGCGUCUUGGACCAAUCAGGUGCUAUUCACGAAUCAACCUAUCUACCUCAAGCAUGUCCAAGGAAUGGAUAUUGAACUGAUUGGUGUCACAGCUGCCAUUCCUCACCUCAUGGAGUUCUUCUGUUUGGUACUGAGUGGCAUGAUCAGCAACAGACUCUUAGAUAAAGAGAUCUUGAGUGUGGUAGCUACAAGGAAAUUGGUGACUUUCAUUGGGUUGACUUUGUCUUCGAUGUUUUACCUCCUACUUGCAUUCGUUGGUUGCAACACCGCCCUCUCCGUUCUGUUCAUGAUAGGCGCAGUUGGCUGCAAUGGGAUUUGCAUGUCCGGUUUCUACGUAAACCUGAUGGACAUAGCCCCCAGACUCGCAGGAAGUCUGAUUGGGCUGGUCAACUCUGCGUCAGCCCUUGCUGGAGGCCUCAGCCCGUAUGUCAUCGGUGUUCUUACUCCAAAUCAGUCUGACAUUAAAGGUUGGCAAACAGUUUUCUUCAUCUGCGUUGGAAUCAAUUUACUGGCGUGUUUAAUUUUCAUGGUCUUUGGAUCCGGAGACGAGCAGAGUUGGGCCAGGGAAGCCGGAAGGAACAAGCAAGAAAACAAAUGACCUUUUCUCGCUAUUUGGGAUUUCUCAACAAAAAUAUCGCGAGUUUGGUGAAAAUGCAAUUAGAUUGAAACGACUAGAAAUAUAUAUAUUUCAAAUAUUUUUUUAUUCAUAUAUCUUAGUCAACAUGUUGGGAUAAAGGUAAAAAUGCUAUUUUAUGGAGGCAUGGAGGCGAGGCAUUAAAACAACGUGAAUUUGUCCUUGGUCUGUAUGCGUGUCUUCUAUCAUUAAAUUUACUGCUUUUAAUAAACAAAAGUCGCGAAAAUUUC